AUGACUGUCGAUCGUUCCGCCCAUAAGCGGCAACGCAUCAAUGCCUUCAAUGUCUUCAUCCUGAUAUUCGUCGGCUUGGGUUCCAUGACCUACGGGUACACUGCCUCUAUCAUUGGUACUACCCUCGGACAACCUUCUUUCAUCACCUACUUUGCCUUGGACACUCGACCGAAUGGCACAGAUCUCAUUGCAACCACAAAUGGGCUCUUCCAGGCAGGAGGUGUCAUUGGAACACUUCUAUUACCAGUUGUUGCAGACAAGUAUGGCCGGAAAUGGGGAAUCGCUGUUAGUGCGAUACUCGCCAUCAUCUCCGGCGCGCUUCUCACAGGUAGUACCCAUAUCGGCGUUUUCAUUGCCUUCCGUUUCAUUGCUGGAGCCAGCGCCUUCAUGGUCCUCGCUGCUGUGCCUAUCUGGAUGAACGAAGUGGUUCCUGUGAAGAUGCGUGCAGGUCUCGUCGAUAUCCACGCGGUGUUACUCGUGCUUGGUUACUUCAUCCAGGGAUGGGUUGGCUAUGGCUUCUUUUUCUGGACCAACGGUGGUGAAAACUCAUGGAGGCCACCUCUAUCGUUGCAAUGCGUCUGGCCAAUCCUUCUCUUGGCUGGUUUGUACUGGAUCCCCGAAUCCCCUCGCUGGCUCAUCGCGCAAGACCGACUUGACGAAGCCCGUGUGAUCCUCGAUCGACUCCAUAGCGAUCCCAGUGAUCCAGAAAACGAAUAUGCUCGAGCAGAGUUCUACCAGAUCCAGAAGCAAAUCACUCUAGACAAGACACUUGAGAACUCGUGGGUUGCCAUGUUCCGCAAACCUUCAUACCGCAAGCGUGCAUUUCUCGCCAUUGGAACCACCUUUUUUAUUCAGUGUUCUGGUGUUUUAGUUAUCAACAACUACGGUCCAACGCUGUAUAAAAACCUUGGUUUCACCCCUGAGAAACAGCUGCUUUAUCCAGCUGCUUGGUUGACACUGGCUCUGGGUACGAAUCUGAUGUCGAUACCGCUAGUAGACAAGUUCCCACGAAACAAGUGGCUUGCUAUAGGUAUCUUGGGUUGCAUGGUUUGCUUGAUCGUCGAAGCGGCGCUCGUUGCUGAGUUCGUGCCUUCAAACAAUACCGCAGCGCUUCAGGCUGCUGUAGCCAUGUUCUUCCUCUUCCAGUUGCCAUACGGAGUCUGCCUCGAUGGACCUCAGUUUGCCUACCUUGGAGAGCUCUUCCCUACCCACUUGCGAGCAAAGGGCGUCUCUCUUGGUGUAGCGAUGAUCUCCUUCACAAACAUUAUUUGGCUUCAGGCUGCCCCCACUGCUUUCCAGAACAUCGGAUGGAAAUUUUAUCUGGUUUUCAUCAUCCCAGGUACUAUCGGAGGUCUCGUUAUAUGGAACUUCUUCCCAGACACCAACGGCAUGCCACUUGAGGAGAUCGCUGCUCUGUUCGGCGAUGAACACGAAGUCGCUGUAUAUCAAAAUGAAAUCAAUGCAAAUGCUCAACUGGAAACACGGUGCUGCGUACCGUGA